CUAAGCCCCGCCCCCCUUAGUUACUGUUGCUACGUCCGACAACUUCUGGGCUCUGGUUUUCUGACUGGUUAUCCUAAGACUCUGGUUAGGUAUCAACAACAUGGCUUAUGCUGCGACAGCUCUUCCUGCUGAACUUUUGUCAAACUUUUAUAAAGCAGCAAAUAAAGUGUCCGAUAGGAGUAGACAAAAGGGUCUGCAAUAUGCGUUCGAAGGCUAUAUUCAGGACAUACAGGUGAAACGCAAAGAACAACAAGGCAUCCAAAUAGAGGCAAAAGCAUACCGGUCACAGUCAAAAAAUGAACCACCGCAUAUCCUACUAAUCGAGACGGAGGCUGGGACUGACAAUAUCAAGGAGCAACACUGUUCAUGCAAAGCUGGCUCCACAGGGUUUUGCGCGCACAUCAUUGGGCUUAUCCAUACCCUGGAUCUCUGCAAGGCACAACACAUAAACGCUGUGCCAGUUCAGUCCUCCACAAGCUUACCCCAACAAUGGCAUAAGCCAAGAGGUGCUAAAGUAGCACCACAGCCUGUGACAGCAGUCGUUGUGGCCAGGGCCAAGACAGAGCGAAAACGGAGACCCAUCUUCUGCCAAUACAGCAAUGACAGGGCCAUCUCUGAGGUAACAGAUCAGGAUUUAUUGUUAUUGAGACAGCUGACAGGGACACCUAUGAGCUACAUAGCAAGCAAACCCCAGAUAGAUGUAGUGAUAGGUCAGGAGAAGUACCCUCUUGGAAGUGGCUUGAGCUACCAGCUCCCACUAUUGGACAACACUUCACAAGCAUCCUCCCUAUCAAACUCCAGUGACUUCCCAGCAUUCCCUUUGCCACCACAGCCAGGCUCUUUCUGUACUGUCCUUAAUAAAGUGCAAAUGGAAAGGUUCAGUACCAUAGUAGUCUCAAAGGCUGAGGCAGAGGCACUUGAGAAAAACACCAGACAGCAGAGUAGCAACAACAUCUGGCAUCAUGUCCGGCUCUAUUAA